CCGCGGGAAUUACACAUGUACCGUAGAGGACAGUGAAGGUCUUCAGUGGAACAAUGGAACGUUGGAAAUCUUGGUUAACUAUCCCACUGAAAACAUAUCUCUGUCAGUCAACAACCGUCCCUACUCAAAGUCUCAUUACAAAACCCGGGAAGGUGCCAACGUUAGUCUGUCAUGCUCUGUAGACGGAUUCCCCCCUCCACUCGUCAAGUGGCACAAAGAUGACGGCGCUGUUAAAACUGUUAACCUCACCCAGAAGUAUGGUCUUCAUCAACACCCCGGGAAGAGUUUCCUGAUUUCCUAUGACGUGACUGACGCCGGAUGUGAAGAUGAAGGUACAUACGUCUGCCAGGCUGGCAAUGGCGUCAUGGAUACUGCACCCAUCGAAAAAUACAUCAUGUUAGAAGUUGAAUGUGCACCUAAAGUGCAGGAUGCAGACAGACAGACACGGACCUGGUCGGUACAGAGAGGUGGCACUGUGUUGGUCAGCUUCACGGUGCUAUCCAACCCUUUGUCCAGUGUUAUAGCCUGGUGGCGGACUGGAGAAGACACAAGCAGGGAGAUUCUGAACGAGGGUGAUGCUGAUCACAGCUUGAAUGAAACAGCCCUGGGUGGAAACGCUCGAUACAUUGCAAUAAGUCAUUAUAAUGUGACCGAGACUGGACUUUACGGAGUCACACUGGCCAAUGGUCAUGAACCUAACCUUACUGUGACCUACACAAUACGUGUCGACAAGGCCGUGGUAACUAACCAAUCUGCACGUGUGUACAUGUCCUUCCUGAUAUGUGGAUGCGUAGUCCUGGUAGCUGCUCUCAUUGCUGGCGUCAUCAGCGUAGUUAAGGGUGUCCACGGAACAAAGGCUCCUACAAGAGAUUAUCAAAAUGGACAUUUACAAUCGCUGCCUGUGUCUGUGAAGGCAGAUGCAGUCGUAUACGAUGAAGUGGACAAGCGUCCUGCAUUUACUUCACUUCCCCGUAACGGGAGACUACUACGUUCACCCCAUCGUCAGACCAGCGACACUGGUGACUACCAAUCAGGCUGACGGAAGUUUCGAUAAUGUCAUUAUGCACUCAUGCCCCCACAGCCCCACAGCUGAAUGCAAACAUGGCCAUACAUCGUCUACGUAAAAGAAAUUGUUUUGAGCUCAGUUAUGUAUAUAAUAGUAAGGAAAUAUUUCAUCCAUGCAAACUUGUUGUAAUAAUGUGGGUUUUAGAUGUUCAUGUUUCGCGUUCCCUUCACAGUUUCACUUUUCAUCUUAGGAACAGUCCGUAAAGUAGUGUUACAGACAAAAGGCGUUUUGUGGCCACAGAUGUAUAUGUUUUCUCGGUACUGAACAUGUUAAAGAAAUAAAGUUGGAUUUCAU